AGGCCCGUGUCUCAUAGGCUGGAGCACAGACUACAAUCAUGUGACAUGCGCACUCGGCCCUGUUGUUGAGUUUUGUUAUGACAAGUCGAGGCCUCGGACUAAAUUAGGAGCGUACCCCUUGUGUCUGUCCAGGCGAUUCCGCGAUGGAGAGUAUGGACCUGGACCUGGACCAGGAGCUCAUGCAGAAGUUCAGCUGCAUGGGGACGACAGACAAAGACAUCUUGAUAUCGGAAUUUCAGAGGCUCCUCGGGUUUCAGCUAAACCCUGCCGGAUGCGCUUUCUUUCUGGACAUGACCAACUGGUGAGCUCGGUGACUCGUUUGGCCUCCUAUGCGCUUUCUCAUAGACUCAUGCUGUAUGCUAAUCGCUCUUUAGUGGUCAUACACUCUGCAUUUGGUUAUGAAGUAAUGAAAUUGAAUCACAGACGGUGUUCUCCUUCGUUGUGAUCCAGAGUGAGAGGGUUUACGUUAGCGUGGGUACAAUGACAGCUAACGACGCUGUAGUAACGUAACAGGCGUUAGCUGAGUCACCGACUUCUGAUUGCCUGGCAGGGACGCAGUGAAGGCUGCUUCGUGUAUGUUUCUCAUUUUAAAACACACAGUCGGAUAAAUAAACAUUUAGAGACUCAACUUCGUGUCUUAACUCGACACGAACGCUAUUACGUGUAAAUUCUUGUGUUUUCUUUCUGUGGGGGGUUUCCGUGUUUGUUCGGGGGGGAUAGACAGGAGUUAGACGUUAGCUGGUUAGCUCGUUAUAGGACAAAACGGACUAUUUAAAGUUCUCAAACAGGCUAAUAUGUUUUUGUUGUGCUUUUUGUAUGUUAGGACCGCGUUAAACAGCCGUAAUACAGUCGUUAUUAUUGGCUAAGAUGAUGAAACAUUACUGUAUGAGUGUCUCUCCUUGACCAUAGUGCGGAUAGACUGUAUUAUGUAACCUUUCGACACCAUGUCUGCAGAGAGCGGCUCCAAGCUCACUCUAUGGGCCUCCUCGACAGUUUCAUGUUACAGGACAAAAUAAUGUUUCUACAUUUUUAGAGGGUCUCUUUAACUUUUUAGACUUCCUGUGACCUUUUGAUAAAACCACAACAACACUUGGAUGACCGCAGAGUCAAGGAAGGUGUCAAUGACGGAAAUGUUGCUCCAAGAAUCUCCCUGUACUAGUGUGUGCUUUUGUGCGCAUAUGCAGUUUGGAGCUAAGGCACGGUGUAUGGAAGAUUACAGAGACGGUGUACAGGCACAGCAGACUGUAGUAGUAUCACGUGAUGUGGUGUAAUAGCUGCACUGCAACUGGCUUUCUAAAAAUAAAACUGCUGGUUUAUGGAUGACCAGCGUGUUACAGGAAGUUCCCAGUCGCUGUCUUUGUGCGGGGCUGCAGAUAUCUCAGUGACAAUAUAUGCAAAAUGAGAUUUUAGAAAUGUAAUCAUUGAGUACUACAGUUGGCUGAUUAUUGGCAUUGGCAGAGUUUACAGCUUUUGGCACAACUAUCAGUCAUGUCCUUAAAUCUAAAGGAUAACCAGUGUUUUUUUUUUCUCUUUUUAAAGAAUAUAUCUAAAAUCAAUUUUAACGUUAGAACACUAUCGUUAAAAUCGUAACACCAUAUACUUGUCUUCAAAAUAGGACAAUACAUGACAAAUUAAAGUGAUUUUCUAUUAUUUUUAACUGUGUAAUAUCCAAAGGGAGGGAAAAAAGUGCCACGAGGGGACCAUAUAAAAAUGCAACAAAAUAACUGAAACUAGGCAUUCAUGAACAAAUAGAUCCCUAAAAAAUUAUAGAAACUCUAAACUAAGGCUGUGUCCGAAAUGAAUCACUCAAUCCCUAACCCAGUGGUUCUCAAGUCCAGUCCUCGAGCAUUCCUCGAAAAUUCCCUUGAAAAUCACUACUUUGUGGUAGUUAUUCACGCCUAAAUAAAGAUAAGACACAAAUUCCAGGACCACUCUUAACUGACCUUAUUCGCCUACAUGCAGCUAUCAAAUCCACCCUAACCUACUUAUUCCCUAUCACCCAAACACGUGCCUGUAGGAAAAAGCAGGUUUUGGAUCAGGAAAACAAAUAUGCUUUCAAAGAUGUCAAAGGAAAUGUUAAAGCUACCCAGGGAACCAUGAUACUCAGACAAAUGCAACAUAAUGAAAAUCACGUAAACAUGUUUGGUCAGGUGAAAAUCACCCGGUGAUAGUGUUCUAGGUUUAAACAUAUUACCGGCUUGGAUAACAAUAUUAUUAGACUGUGAUGUGAAUGGAAUAAUCACACUAUACAUGAUUUGUUGUGUAAUUCUAGUCAGUCUCUUAUUGUGCAAUCUCUAGUUGAAGUAAAGCCCAGCACAGUGGGUCAAAGUCCUGCUCAGGAACAGGAUGAGACUUGUAGUGCAAGCUGCUUUACAGUUGUGGAUCUCCUGUGUUAAUAACACAUUGCACUCUUAACUAAAUCUCUACUGAUCACCUUCUGUUUUCCAGGAAUUUACAAGCAGCCAUCGGAGCCUACUACGACUUUGAGAGUCCCAACAUCAGCGCACCUUGCAUGUCCCUCGUGAAGGAUGUAACAAUUGGGGAAGGUGAAUCGGUGCCACCAGACACACCUUUCACAAAGACCUGGAGGAUACAGAACACAGGUAAGUGUGCCAGGAUGACCAGCUGAUCACAGACAAACCCUCCAAACUGAAAACUAAUCACAUGCACGUACUGUAUGUGUCUUCCAGGUGCAGAGUCCUGGCCUCCAGGGGUUUGUCUGAAGUAUGUCGGAGGAGAUCAGUUUGGUCACGUGAACAUGGUGAUGGUGCGGUCUUUAGACCCGCAGGAAAUGACGGAUGUGAGUGUGCAAAUGCAGAGCCCUGUGUCUCCUGGCAUGUUCCAGGGCCAGUGGAGAAUGUGCACAGCUACCGGCCUUUACUACGGAGGUAAGGACAACAAAAAAUAGAAAUUAUUUCUUUUCAUGAUUUGGAAUAUACUGACACAAUAAAGCCCAAAAAGUAUCAUUUGAUGGCUCUUUUUCUUCAAUUUCAGUAUGACUAUUUCUCUGGAUGGAAAACAUUUAGUACCUGAAAGAGUAUGAACCAGAUUUGAUAAUUAUUGGUUGCAGUCUAUAAACUAAGGUCAGACUGUGACGCUCUUACAUAUAAGGUCAUGUUUGCAAAGGCUAAUAUUUGUCAAGAAUAUGUAAUUAUUGAAACAUCUCUGCCUAAUUAGAGGGUAUGUGGGCCAAUGCUAAGCCCAUACUGUUCUGUGUACAUGGCAUGUGUCAUCACCAAAAUGCCAAUCACUUGAUAUCGCUGUCCUUACUUGGAGUUCAGUCAAGUCGAACACAGAGGGUGGAGAGUUUUUAUGUUCGACAGUCAGAGUGUUAAAACCUGCUCUGUGAAUCAGAAAAAAGACUCAGAGUGAUGAUGAAUCUCUUGUUUAAAAUGAUUGCUCUCCCUGGUUCCUCUAAGAACUUUAGAAAAAUACCGGCAUCCUCUCUGCAGCACUCUGGCACAUCUCCUUGUGUAUCUGGAUGAUUUUCAGCCUCUGCUUAGCACAGCCUCCCUUCUCCCUGUGUGAAAAACAGAACAGGUUUAUGACUGAUUCCAAACAAACAGCAAGUCGUACUUCAAAAUCCACUCAUUUAACAGUGAUAUUUAAUACAUACUUUGACGCCUUGCAUGCUUAAAUGCCAGGUAGUACUUCAAACCCCCUAAAAGUCUUCUAUUAUGCCCUAUAGUUGGUUGCUUUGAGGCUCCAAAUAGUUUUAGUGGUUGCAGUAUAUUAAAAUCAUGACGUUCUGUUGUCGGAGAGCUCUAUCAGUGAUUGUCAGACAUCAGCAAUGAAUGAGUCGGCUCCUCCUAUGGCGAUUUAUCUGCAGUAGUAAGACCACACUACUGAAGAUUAAGUGGUAGAUUAUUAAGUAUGCGUUUCCUCCAGCGAAACUCAUUAAAAAACUUUCUGGCUAUUCGAUCAGUGUGCAAAGAUUAAAUCUAGAGUCAUUCGUUUACUUGAUUUAUGUCUCCUCAGGACUUACUUUCUUACUUACCUUCUUAAGCCGCAGGAGAAAGCCGAAUAAAAAUUCAUACUUGUGGUUAAUAAUUCAUGUCAGUGAUCUUUGGGAUAAUUCUUCACCUUAAAACACCUAAAACCUUUCGGUUUAAGUGUAGAAAAAUGCAAACCUGGAGGCAGCAUAUCGAUCAUUUACUGUCUGAGCUGAUCAUGACAUUCUGUUUGUUUCCCCACACAGAUGUCAUUUGGGUGAUCCUGAGCGUGGAGGUGGGAGGCCUCCUCGGCGUCACCCAGCAGCUUUCCUCCUUCCAAGCCGAGUUCAACACCCAGCCUCACCGCAGUGUCGAAGGGGACUACAACCCCUUCGCCUCGCCGGAGAAGAACAAGUGCCCCAACAGCAACAACAACAGCCUCCAUGACGCCAGCAAUCACAGGGUGGCAGAGGAACACUGGCAGAGAAAGGGCGCUGAGCUGCAGCAAGAUCAGAACGGACUUUCACACAACUCUGUGGAUUUAGUAGCAAACAGUCUACAAAACAAUUUAUCAGUAGUCUCUUAUAACCAGGUAAGACCUUUUUAAAGCCAAAGAGAUCCCUCUAACUCCUGAACUAUAGUCAGGUCUAUUAACUAAUCUGUCAUAUAGCACCAAAACUACAUACUAAGAUACCUUUUAAUAUAAUUGUAUGCAUGAAAUAUUGCUUAAGGCUUAUAAACACCCUUGGUUUUUAAAUCAUAAGAUUUAAAAACCAAGGAGCCAAUUUGCAGAUCAGUUUAGUGACAUUGAACAGACUUAUGAUGACUGUUUUAGCGUCAUUGCAAGCUAAAAUUAUCCAACAGCAAUCAGAUCUAAUUAGGAACACCUCAGAUUGAUCUAAAUGCUUUAAACCAAAGAAUAAACAAAGUCAUACCUCAGGCCCAUAGACUGUAUAUACUAUGGAUAACUUGGUUCCGCCUCCCACCAGUAUACAGAUUUGGAGCCAAAAAGCCCCUGCGUAUUUCUGCGAUUUUUCUUCAUUUCCUGAAACCAACAAUCGGCAGGAGAGUCCCUGUGAUGACCCUCCCCCCGGGUGAGCUACGCAAUCCCUGGAAGCCAAUAGGCUGUAUCAGGUGUCAAUCGUAAAAAACAUGAACCCCCUAAUAUAAGGUGACCAGACGUCCCCGAUUUCCGAGGACAGUUCCCGAAUUGGAUGACCUGUCCCCGGCAAAAGCUGUUCCCGAAAAUGUCCCCGAUUUAAGUGUUUCAUGAAUGAGAACAAAAAUGUUGCGUGUAGGCUAGAACAACGGUUAUCACAGUAGCCAAAUGGGUAAAAAGGACAAGUAAGCAGUCGUGAACACCAGUUUUUACGGGGGGUUAUUACAAAAGGUGUGCGCUGCUACUAAAUAGUACUGAGAUGUUGUCUAAAGUUUGUCCACAGCCCCAUGAGCUUUGCUGGCGGAGGCGGGAUUUAUGACCUAUACUGCACCCUGUCAACAGAGGGUGCUGUUCUCGGAGUGGCUUCACCCAGCGAGGAGGCAGACGGCGUCCAUUCUAUAUACAGUCUAUCCUCAGGCCUGACGAUGGUUUUAGUUAAAAGAUCUCUAAAGGUUCCUGAAGUAGCCAGGGGAGGAAGUUAAAACGGUGCAGUUUGUCCAAGUAAACACCCAGAGUUAAUCAGGUUUACUGCCUUUGAAGACAGUGGAAAGCUGCAAAUGUCCACUUUAGAGAAGCACAAACAUGUACGUAGAGAAACAGAGAUGAGAAAGGGAUAGUAUGCAUCAUUUUUUCAGUCUCAUUUAGCUGUCUUCUUCCAUGCCAUGCAGCUAUACUUUCUGUUUUUCUUGCAGGGUAUACAGGAGCCCUAUCCUUUUGGGCACUCUUAAAUCAUGGGACUUGUCACAGUGAAGCAGCACUGAUCUGUACCUCUGGAGUCUGUCACACCACCAAGAGAAGGAAGAGGCUUUAUCAGCAGCUGGCAGCGAGUGUGUGGAGAUUCAAAAACUCUUUAUGCAAAGUCCAGCUCCACUUUCUUUUUUUUUCUUUUUUUUCUGACAAACCAGAGGCCAACGCUCCUGACGUGCAGCUCUACCAACAUCCCACAACCCACUGUAUGCACGCGUGAAUGCUAAGUUAAAGAUGAGUGCUAUGAGUCCUUCGAGUGAAUACUUCUUCUUUUUUUUUGUUUUUCAGAUAUUUUUUAGUUGUCAGAGAGUGAAAAUGAAACAAUGACAAGAGUGUGUAUUUGUGAAAAUGUGUGUAUACGUGUGCAACUGGAAAGAGAGACUUUGGAGGAAAAGCCAUUAACGUUGCCAACUGAUUCUCCGGUUUCUGCUCUGACUCUUCGUGCAUCAACCGGGUCUCGAAAAACAAAACAUCGGAUUUCAUAACUUGAUUUUUAUUUUAAUUUUGAAAUACAGAUUUUUAUAAGGAGACAAACAGCGACAUCUUUAAGAGAUACACUAUAUGAUUAGACAUUAUAUGAUCAUUCAAAGGUAGUAAGCUGUAAAACAUGGCUUGUGUAUGAAGAGUAGUAGUGUCUGUGCUGUCCUAUUAUCUGCUAAUUUAGAUGCAAAGCUGUUUUUUUUCCACUAGAGGGGGUCAACCACAACUCUUAGUACAAGACUUCAACAUUUUGUAAGCUACAUUCAGCAAAAACGGUAGAAAAAAUCUCUGAAACUUGAUCUGAUUUGGCAUAAAAGUUAAAGAAAUCCCUUCAGUGGAGAUAGAGUCAAUGCUGGCACCUGCAUUUACACACUUAUAUAGAAAAAUAUAAGCAGAAUAUUAUUAAUAGCAAUAAAGAAGUAUUAGAGAUUCUCCAGUCAUUACCAGAAUGUAAGAUUCAGCUUAUUUUUACAUGCUUGCAUUAAAUUUAAACAUUAAAUGUUACAGGAUUAAUGCACAAUAUGCCACAAGACAUUGAGUUCCGGUCACGUGACUGGUGGCUAAGUCAUAUUUUUACAUCAUAAAAACAUUUUUAUCUAAAUUUUCAUUUCAAAGCUGUCUGACAUGCUUUAAACAUUAUAUUAAGUUGAAUGUAUUUGACGAAUGUAGAAGAUGAUCAUGUAUUUGGAAGCAUAUUAAUUUACCCAAAGAUUCAUCAUUGUAUAUUUACAUUAGACAAUUUUUAAAGGUGUAACUGUUGUUAUGAAUUUCCUGUCUGUUGUUGAUGGUUGACAUUCUUGUCCUAAACUUGUUCUUCUUAAAAUCACAACACAUUGGGAAAGUUGAUGAAGUUUGAUCAUUUAAGUUUCGAUCUGUUAAGAAUAAUGUCAGAUCCACAUCAUUGCAGUUUAACUUGCACUAACUGGCUGAUCUAUGCACUGAGAGAUGACGAGGUCCGUGCGUGCUUUCCUCCUCAGCAAGUACAGUUAAGUCCUGAAGGGUUUAUCACCUCUGUGAUUUUAUCUGUCCUGAGUUAGACCACCUCGUCAGGUAAACGCCUCUUUUUCAUUAAAGAGCUAACUGUUAGCCCCAGGGCAUACUGAGCUCUGACUACACCAGCCAGGAAAUGAUACUACAUGUAAAAGUGCAUCUCUGGGCUACUUUUCUCUUUCACUCAACAUUUUCUGUUGCAAACUGUAGGUGAUAAAUGUUUCUCCAUGCUGUCAGUGUCAAUUCAUCAAGUGCAGAGUGUGUUUUGUUCUCUGUGUGAUGUCUCUCUGAAGUUUCCACUGGCCAGAUUGCAGAAUGAAUCAGUUGGCAUUAGACUCAAACAACAGCACAUUUAUGAGAGUGAGGAAGUGCAAACAGAUGAAAGCUUUUUUUCCCUGUGUGUUUGAUGAAUGUUUGUACGAUUAAAUUAUCACUGAAAGCUCAAGACUUGU